AUGGCCGGCAAAUCUGAUCCACCACCCAAAUACGACACAUUCGUAUCCAGCGCCACGGAAUCCGAAGAUGGGCAUACCACUUUCUCCGAGCGAAAGAAUCCAUUCCAAGACCCAGAAGUUGCCGAACACUGGCGGCUUACAUAUGAAAAGUCGCAGUAUGAGUGUCGGCAUGUGUAUGAUCCGAGUCUGACGUGGUCAGAGGAAGAGGAGAAGCGGUUGAUUCGCAAGUUGGAUUGGAGGAUUUGUCUGUGGGCUUGUGUCAUGUUUUUCGGACUACAAGUUGAUCGAAACAACCUCCAACAAGCGGUCUCUGGCACCUUUCUAAAGGACCUAAAAUUGAAUACGAACGACUACAACUGGGGCAACAUAACCUUCCGCGUCAGCUUCCUUUGCGCCGAACUCCCGUCCCAACUCAUCUCCAAAAAGAUUGGGCCGGACCGCUGGAUUCCGAUUCAGAUCACCCUGUGCUUCUUCUGGGCCACCCUCUCCUUAACAGGAAUCGUAACCUCCCUCCUCGCCUUCGCCAUCUUCCACCUCGACGGAGUCCACGGCUGGGCCGGCUGGCGCUGGCUGUUCCUCAUCGAGGGUAUAAUUACCCUCUCUGUUGGCCUCGGCUCAUUCUUCAUGAUGCCCGCCUCCGCUGUCCAGACCAAAUCCUGGUUCCGCCCCAACGGGUGGUUCAACGACCGCGAAGUCUCCAUCGUGGUAAACCGUGUACUACGGGAUGAUCCCUCAAAGGGUGAUAUGCAUAACCGUCAAGCCAUCACUCCCCGAAGGCUCUGGAAUGCGGUUACAGAUUACCAUCUCUGGCCGAUUUAUAUCAUCGGGUUUUUGGCGUAUAUUCCGCAAUCGCCCCCGAGUACGUAUCUGACUUUGACGCUCAGGUCGGUUGGAUUUAGUACAUUUACGACGAAUCUGUUGGUGAUUCCGUCGAGUGUGUUUCAUAUUGUCACGUUGUUGUUGCUUACGAGGCUGUCGGAGUGGGUUGAUGAGAGGUCUUUGGUGGCGAUGUUGCAGCCUCUGUGGAGUUUGCCGUGUAUCGUUGCGUUGAGGUUUUGGCCUGGUGUUAUUGACAAUGCGUGGGGGACGUAUGCUCUGGUUACUGUGCUGUUGAGCUAUCCCUAUUGCCAUGCAAUCGUCGUAGGCUGGAUAUCUCGCAACUCCAACAACGUCGGCACUCGCUCCGUUUCAGCUGCCUUAUACAAUAUGUCCGUCCAAGUAGGCGACGUAGCAGCAUUCUUCAUCUACCGCGAAGACGACAAACCCAAAUACCACCGCGGAAACACCAACUUACUAAUUAUCAAUCUCGUCGUGAUUCUGGUCUUUAUCUCCACAAAGGUUUACUACGUGUAUGUGAAUCGGCGCAGAGAUAGGGUCUGGAAGGUGAUGUCGGAAGAGGAGAGGACGAGAUACAUAAAGGAUACGAAAUUGCAGGGGAGUAAGAGGUUGGAUUUUAGAUUUGCGCAUUAG